GAGAAACCGAAGCUCGCCCAAUAGUGGUGCAGCCACUUGUCUUUUUUUAAUAUUUAUUUUUGGUUAAUUUUAUCUUCAUUGCAAAAAAGUCCAAAUGCAGAACAGUAUACUUUAUCGACGAAGAUUUCUGUACAGGGAUGAAGCCUUGAUGCAGGGAAACUCCACGCACAGUUUGCCUUUUAACAGAUGACAUCACAACCAUCUUGACCAGCAAAUAUGUCAGAACCAGAGAUGAUGCUUACAGAUGGUUCGGAAUCAGAAGAAAUCCUCCAUCAGAGGCUGCGGUCCCUGAGCGAGACAAUCCAACGACAGCUGCAAGAGACCGAGAGGAGGCACAGAGAGCAAUUAGAGAGCAGGAUUCAUCACAACACUCUCCUCUCAGCAGAACUGUCUCCAAGGACCAAGCUGUUGGGGUUGUCUGCUCCAGUUUUGGAAUCUUCAUCCGAGUGCAAGAAACACUCCACUCGGCCUCCCACCCAGACGCAGCAAUGUGAACGAGAACCUUCAUUCAAAACAACACAGCAGAAGAAAGAGGAGGAGGCCGAAGCUGAGUGCAAGAAAAAGUUCACUGCCCUUCCUGUCCCCAUUCAAGUCAAACUUCCUCUCUAUCAGGAGAUGAUGGAACGGCGGGACAAGGAAAGAAAGCAAGGGUUAGAGCAAAGAAAAACCUUCCUGUUUUCUGUUCAGAAACCUUUCAGCUUCCAGGAGAGAGAAAAGAAGAAACAGGAGAAGCUGGUUGAGCUGCAAGCAAAAAAGACGACUGUACAGAAUGUUCAGCAGUCGUGUCCUAAACACGUUAAAGCGCCAGCAGAGCGGGAGAGUUGCAGGAAAAGCCACAUCAGCACUACACAACAGGAGAAUCCAGACAAGCCCAAACUUCGCAUUUCAGAUUGCACCAGAAUGGAAAAGUUGGGAUUCCUUUACGAGAAGCCGAGCUUUCAGCCUAAGAUCAACCAGCAGGUGCCCGAUUUCAACCGGUUGCACAAAGCCCUGCGGGCAGAAGGUCUGAAAGCAACACUAAGUAAAGAUCUAACCAAGUGUCAACCCUUCUACCUGAGGACAUCCGCUCUUCCUGCCAGGCAAAGUAGGAUGAGUCCUGAAAUCUCACAGAUACCCAGUCAAAAUAAUAUGAGGCGGAGUAAGUCAUGCGGUGCCCUAAGGUCGUUGUCUGCAGACACACUUCCGACUUACAUCACAGAUGCUACCAGGAAACGUUGCAUGGCCAUCAGGAAAUCCAUGGAGAUGAGGGAUGGGAAGAAUCAGGAAAGUGCAGACUGGGCAAGGAAAUACCAGAGCAAAUCGGAGGCCUUGAGGAAGACGGUUUCCCUCCACGCCAAGUCGAUGGACCCUCACAAAAGCUUGAAAGAAGUCUACGACGAAAGACUGCAGCACCAUCGGGAGACGGAUCGACAAAGGACAAGAGAUUACAUGCGGGAUCUACACGACAUGAACGCUCGCGUUCGAGAGCGCCCCCUUUUGUUUGAACAGGUGAAACAGAGAUACGCCAAAGCUCAAGCGGAACAAGUUUACAAGAACGAGUUGAGGAAAGCUGGCGUCGAAGAACGUUUUGUUGAAGAAAAGGGAGGCGCGUUCACCUCGUCGUCCAUCUCAUCACCAGCUAAAGAUGACACAUGCCCCAACGUCCACAACACUGACAAAAACUGCAGCGACGCAGAGGAGGAAAAUGUAGACGACGGUGAAGAAAAUUGAAGACGUGGAGGCGAACAGCGGUGGAGUCCGAAGGGGAUUGUCAUGAUAAGACGGUACAAUGUUUUUGUGGCCUCUUGGCUAGAACACAACACUGUAUUCAAAUAUGACUCAUGUCUACUCAACCACACCGACAAUGGAUCCGCCAAACAUGUGCAAGUACGAAUUAAGAAAUCUCAAAACAUCUGAACCAAAACAAAAA